CCCUCCAAGUUCCGCAUCGACAAUGUUGUUCCGGACUUUGGACUCGAGGAGAAUUCUAACGUGCUUCCCAAAAACUGGCAAAUGCCACCUCCAAGUUCAUCAAGGAUUCUCAAGAGUCGACGAUGCCCCAACGAAGGAAAAAUAUCUCCAAAUGUGCGUCAAACUGUUCCAAAACCUACCGUCGAUACAGAACCCUCACCGCUGACACCCAUCAAGGGGACUUUGGUGGAUGAGUAUGAUACAGAUCUGCUGUCGUCAGAGGAUAUUUGGAAGAUCUAUAUGGAUGUGAAGAAGGGGCUUAUAAAGCCCUCGGAUGCUAUAUAUCCUUUGUUUUGCAUGGAGUAUUCGGGGGCUUCCAAAACUCCACCUCCGAGUUUAACGGAAUCUCAAAACUCCAAUGAAUUUCCUCCGAAAACAGUUCGAGUUAACAAAAACCUAUAUAAAAAUAAUUCUUUUGAAACUGGUUUUGGGAGGAAAGUCGGAAAAAAUGAGUGGCGGGUCUUGGAUCAGUGGAUAGAAUCGGAGGGGCUCAACGGAUCCUAUAAUGAUAUAGAAGAAUCGGAUUCAAAGGGAAAGGGAAUGGUCGAUAGUGAUGCCAAGAAGCCUCGGAUUCUGGACAAUGAAGAUGUCGCCUUUGCUAGCUUCACCAUUGGAAUCGAAGAGCAGCGGGCAAUCAAGGAAUGGAUAAAAUCGGAGGGCCUCAACGAACCCCACAGUGAUAUAGAAGAGUUUGAUAUGUUAUUAAGCCUAGCAAGGGAACAUGAGAAGAAUCGGGAUCUUCUGCUUGAGUUACUAAAGCCCAAGGAUCUUAUCUCCCAGGAAAAGGAUGUUUGGAAAAAGUUUUCUCCAAAGGUGUUCGAAGUGCCGCAGAAACCUGAUUCCGUAGAGCCUGAGUUGUGGAAACCCCCACCCAACGAAAAGGUUUCCGUUGAAAAUAUUCCAGAAAAGGAACCAGAGAAAGCAACUGAAUUCAUUGUGGAAAAACCAGAAAAGCCAGUUAUCCUCGAGGUCAAAGACAUUAAAACAUUACCCCCGAGGCCCAAGGCUGAGGAAGCUACCCAGAGUUGGGUACAGCAAUGCAGUGAAACCAUUUCCCAACAAUUGCAACUCCUCAUCUAUGAGGACAGUUCCAACAAUCAAACUGAUGCAGAACCAGAGGCCAUUGACUUCGAAACCGAGAUCAGCAAGGAGCAAAUGAAGCCCCGAGUCCUGGGAGAAAGCAACAGAAAUGUCUCAGCGGAGACUGGAUGGCAGAACAGCUUCACAGUUUUCCUCGAGGACUUCGAGUACAUCAUUGACCAAACCAUGACGGAGUUCAGGGACCACCAAGCUAAGAGACUCCGCUCAAAGUGGAACCAGCAGUUUGGAUCAAAAUCGGUGGAGAAUUUGAGGAGAUGUCUUCUGCUUCCGCCUCUGCCAGAUCACUUGGACCAGUGCCUCCAGAGGAUUAGAAUCCUAAGGCGUCCCAAAAGGCGCAAGGUCGAGGAAUUUCGCAUGCACGUCGAUAUGAAUUUUUGCAAAAUGUAUUGCACACUGAGUAUGAAUAAGAACUUGGAUCUGCAAAAUACGGUUAGGUUCCUAAGAAACGCCGUUUACAAUAACGACAUCGAUGUGAUCCAAAUCCGGUAUGAGGCCACACAGAUAGCCUGGAUUUGGUCCGAUGGCAGUGUCUUGAUAAUCAAUGGAAGAGGCCAUGCGAUGCUUGCGGAAACACAAAGGGAUCUGAUGUUUAGGACCCUUGGGAGGGCGAACUUCAAAGCCGACCCCUCAAACAAGCUUCUACAUCUGCGUCUCAUUUCCUGCGCCCACUUUCCAUUUGGGAUCUCUUUGCCGGUGUUCACUGCGUUAAGCGUUCUUUCUCCAGAGCUCCAUAUGAAGUAUGUCUACUACGUGGACAAGGCAGUUCCCGGGGUGGCGGCCCGUGUUCAUGAGAUGGGAAUGGUCCAGGUGUUUGCCAUGACCACGGGUGAGGCGGAUAAUAUGCUGAAGAAGCUGUACCUUCUUACGGCCAAUCACCGAAAGGCAACAAAAGACUUCAUCAAAAAGAAACCAAUGGACUA